CAUCGGCGUCUGGGCAAAAUGGCGGCGAGCGACAUGGAGUUGAGGCGGGAGCUGAAGUCGUUGGGCUACGCGGCGGGCCCAGUCACCGACAGCACCAGGGCGCUCUAUGUGAAGAAAUUAGCCCAGUUGCAGUCGGAGAAGCGGCUGCAGGAAAGGAGCGGGCGGACCACGCGGAGCUCCCGCAGCGUUGGGGGCUCGGCCGCCAUCUCGGCGCAGCGGGAGAGCCUGCGGCCUAGCGCGGCCUUCGCUGGCACCGGGGUCUCCUCCAGUGCUUCCCGGGCCUGGCAGCACCAGGACUACCAGAAUCCAGAGGAGGACGAUACAGACGCCUCGGCCGAUGACAGACCCAAUGCCGGGCGCUGGGAACCAGCGGGCCCUGGGCCAACAGACCGGCCGUACCGGGCAACAUCCUACACCGACUCCCACUCCCAAUCGAGGAGCUCCUAUUCAGACCCGUACGCCAGAACAUUUGACAGCUUGGGUUCAGCACAAGGUGCGGCGACAACUAGCAGCCAGUACUCGGAUCCAUACGCCAGGAUAUUUGACAGUUUGGGUUCAUAUAAAAGGGACAGUCUGCGUUCGGAUAGAUACACGACAAAAACCGAUAGACCGAGUUCAGAUCGAUUUAAGGGGACAACUGAUAAUCUAUUGGCAAAUAAAUAUACAGGAAAAACAGAGAAUCUGUAUUCAGAUCAAUACAAUAGGGAAACUGACAGUACGUUUGCAGAUCGAUAUUUUGGGAGUACUGACAGCCUACAUUCAGAUCGAUAUAAAGGGACAACUGACAGCUUGUUUUCAAAUACAUAUACGAGGGGAACCAGCUGCUUGAAUUUGGCCUCUCGUACAGGAAAACGGCAGGAUACGAGUUCAGAUCCAUACAUAAGGAAAUCAGACAGCCUUUCGUCGGAUCAAUACAGAGGCAAACUUGGCAACUCCUAUUCAAAUACAAGUUCGAAGGGCUUGUAUUCCGAUACCCGCUAUAGAGGGCGGUUAGACAGUUGGUCAGAGAAUGAGGAUGAAAGCCACAUGCACCGAACCUCUGCUAGAACCGCUAAUAAUGAGAAACAAAGGCAUAAAACCCAUCUGGUUCAAUUUGAAUUUUACCUCUCGCGGUUUCUGUACAUAUCCACCAUUGUGCUGUGCCUGGUGUUGUUGGCAUUAGUCUAUGUCAAAGCCUUGGGAUUAGUUGAAGGAUCUCAGGAGAACAUAAAUGAAAAUAUUCAGAUGUUGCCAGUUGAUUGCAGUGGCAAGACAGACACAUUCUGCAGAGCUGAAGAGCACAAAAUGUUAAUGAGGUUAUUGACUGGAAUAUAUGAGUAUUUGGCAGAUGUAGCAGGUAAAUUUGAAUGUGACUCUAACUCACCACUGACAAGUAAAUGUGUGCCUAUGAUUGAUGUAAAGACACAUUUAACACUUUUAAAAGUUCCUAAUGUAAGUAAAUUUAAUGAGGCGCUUCGGUGGAUUAUGCUGAGUUCACGGGACCUUGGAAUUAGAUUAGUUGGUGAAGACUCUGAGGAAAAAAUAACUUCAAUAGGUCAGGUGGCUUGUCUUGAAUCUACUCGUCCACAGAUGAAUUGGUAUUGUCGCCUGCAGCGUGCAUUUUUUACCAUUCUUAGCAGAAUGCUGACUUUUAUUUUGGUUUUGAGUCUUUUAUGGAUUGCAUUGCUACUAUUGAAAUACUAUUCUAGGAAAAUGGAAGAACAACGACAAGCUAUGUAUGAAAUGGUGAAUAAGAUAAUAGCUGUCAUUCGUGCUCACAAUCAAGAAUGGGAAAAGGAUUUGGAACUUGUCCCUUAUGUACCCAUCCCCCAUGUCCGAGACACACUAAUUCAACCCAAAGACAGGAAGAAGAUGAAGAAGAUCUGGCUGAAAUCCGUGCAGUUUCUUGAAGCAAGUGAGUCCCGGAUUCGCACAGAGACAAGCAGAAUAAAUGGACAGGAUUUCUUGGUUUGGAGAUGGACACAGCCUUCAUCCCUCUGUGACUCAAUGUGAUAAAUAUCUA